CAACAUCACCACUUCUAUUCCCGACCCCCUUCUCUCUUCUCUCUCUCCCUCCCUCUCUCUCUCUUUGUCGCUUCACUCCUUACCUUCUGCAAAACAGAGAGGAGAAUUUGUCUGUACGUAAAUUUUAUACGUGCUUGUUUAACUACGUACACAAAGAAUUCGAAACCCAGCUGAAAAAGGAAGAGAGACUGAUUUUUCUUUACUUGGAAAUUAGCCGUUGGACCUUAGGCGAGAAUACUAAAUUUGGUAGAUUUUCGUGUAUCUGUGUAUGAACUUUAGGUUUUAGAUUGUUAUAAACGGUUGUAUCGACGUUGAAUUUUGAGAUGGAUGGUAGGAGAAUAGCGGCGAGUCCACGGCCAUGUCGUGGGCGGCGUGUGGUGGCGAAGAAGCGUCCCCGUGGGGGCUUCGAUGGGUUUGUGAACAGUGUGAAGAAGCUCCAACGGCGAGAGAUUUGCUCUAAGCGCGACCGUGCUUUCAGCAUGAGCAACGCUCAGGAAAGAUUCCGCAACAUCCUUUUGCAGGAGGAAUAUGAUACUCAUGAUCCCAAGGGUCAUUGUUCCAUGGUGUUGCCAUUUCUCAAGAAGAGGUCACAAAUUAUUGAAAUAGUUGCUGCCCAUGAUAUUGUCUUUGCUCUUGCUCAGUCUGGUGUCUGUGCAGCAUUUAGUCGAGAGACAAAUCAGAGGAUAUGCUUUUUAAAUGUCAGUCCUGAUGAAGUCAUUCGGAGCUUAUUUUACAAUAAGAAUAACGAUUCACUCAUCACCGUCUCAGUUUAUGCCUCAGAUAAUUUUAGUUCGUUGAAAUGCAGAACCACAAGGAUUGAAUACAUUCGAAGGGGUAAACCAGAUGCUGGUUUUCCUCUAUUUGAGUCAGAAUCAUUGAAAUGGCCUGGGUUUGUGGAGUUUGAUGAUGUAAAUGGGAAGGUUCUUACUUAUUCUGCACAAGAUAGCAUAUACAAGGUGUUUGACUUGAAAAAUUAUACGAUGUUGUACUCCAUCUCGGAUAAAAAUGUUCAAGAGAUUAAGAUCAGUCCAGGAAUCAUGUUACUAAUAUUUACCAAGGCCAGCGGAUAUGUUCCUCUAAAGAUUCUUUCAAUUGAGGAUGGAACUGUUCUUAAAUCUUUCAACCAUCUACUUCAUCGAAACAAGAAAGUGGAUUUCAUUGAGCAGUUUAAUGAAAAGCUUUUAGUCAAGCAAGAGAAUGAGAAUCUUCAGAUUCUUGAUGUCCGCGAUUCUGAAUUAACAGAAGUUAGCAGAACGGAGUUCAUGACUCCAUCUGCAUUUAUAUUUUUGUAUGAGAACCAGUUAUUCCUGACAUUUAGAAACCGAACGGUAGCUGUUUGGAACUUCCGUGGGGAGCUUGUGACUUCAUUCGAGGAUCACCUUUUAUGGCAUCCUGAUUGCAAUACCAACAACAUUUACAUAACGAGUGAUCAGGACCUUAUCAUUUCGUACUGCAAAGCUGAUUCCGAUGAUCCCUUAUCAGAAGGAAACGCUGGUUCUAUCAAUAUCAGCAAUAUCUUGACCGGGAAGUGUCUUGCAAAAAUAAAAGCAAGCAACAGUCUUCCCUCGGAUGGUUGCAGUUGCAGUGCAAAUUCUGGUGUCAGAAGUUGCAAUUCUAAGAAGCGAACGCAAGCUUCUAGAAUUAGGAGCACUAUGGCAGAAGCGCUGGAAGACAUCACAGCUCUCUUCUACGACGAAGAGCGUAAUGAGAUCUACACUGGAAAUAGACUCGGCUUCGUCCAUGUGUGGUCUAACUGAAGGUUCUCGACUGCCUCAUUGCCCUUUAAGAUUUUACAUACAUUCUUCCAGUCGGGUGCUGCCUCAUUGCAAAACUACCUGAAACUGUGUAACAUUCGACUAAAUAGUUGUGUCUGCACGCAUGUUUAACGCCUUUAGUUUGUUAUAACCCCUCGAAAGGGGGAUGUUUACUUUCACAUUGUACUGUUUUGGAUCAGCUAAAUUAGAUUGCGACUAUUUGGUGUUGUAAAUGUGUUACCUUACUUGGGGUUCUCAUAUGACCCGUAAUGGCCUUCAGGCAGGUCAUGGCAUUUAUGUUUG